AUUUGCCAUAGAAUUUGGAAGACCCUAACCUUAGUUAAGCUAAAGCAUUACCAGGGAGAACAGGGAAAAAAAAAAAAAAACAAAAAAAAAUCCUUUUGGCUUUUGCUAUUUCCUUUGUGUGUUUGUCUUACAUGUAUUGGGGAGCGAUGGCAAGCAAUAUGGGUUGGGGUAUAAUAGAAGAGGAAGGUUGGAGAAAAGGACCUUGGACUGCUGAGGAAGAUAGAUUGCUUAUGGAGUAUGUACGAUUGCAUGGUGAAGGAAGAUGGAACUCUGUGGCUCGGCUUGCAGGAUUGAAAAGGAAUGGAAAAAGCUGUAGAUUGAGGUGGGUGAAUUACUUGAGGCCAGACCUAAAAAGAGGCCAAAUAACUCCACAUGAAGAAAACAUAAUUCUAGAGCUUCAUGCUAGAUGGGGAAACAGGUGGUCCACAAUUGCUAGAAGCUUACCUGGGAGGACAGACAACGAGAUUAAGAACUAUUGGAGGACUCAUUUUAAGAAGAAAGCAAAAGUCAGUUCGGAUUCAAAUGAAAAGGCCAAAACUCGCAUUUUGAAGCGACAGCAAUUCCAUCUGCAGCAGCAGCAGCAGCAGCAACAACAGCAGCAAUUGCAGCAGCAGCAGCAACAACAACAAUUUCAGCAGCAGCAGCAGCAGCAACAAUAUUUUCAACUGAACCAAAUGGACUUGAAAAGGAUCAUGGCUUUGCUUGAUGAGAAUAUUGAUCACAAAGCCCCUCCAUCCAAUAAUCAGCCUCAGAUGAUUAUAAAGCAAGAUUUGGGGACUACCAUAUACCCUCACACAGGUGAUCAGGAUCAACAGGCUGGCUUCUUCUAUUCCAUGAUCAAUGGCAAUAAUGGUUCUUCUUCUUCUUCUUCUUCUGUGCCUGAGACUUCCAAUGAUGAUAUUCUUUGGGAUGGUCUGUGGAACUUGGAUGAUGUCCAUGGGGGUUUUAAUGCAGCUGCUGCAACUUGCUGUGCAAAUACUAGCAAAGCUAGCGUGCACAAUUUAGUCAUGCCCUUUUGCUGAGGUUUUUAAUUUUGCUACUAAUAAUUUUGUUUAAUUAGUUUAAUUUUACUAGUUUAAUGUGAAGGUUUAAAAAAAAAAAAAAAAAUUGGCUCUUAAAGUCAAGAGGCCAUGGAAAUGAAUUAUGCAAUUUGUGUAAGAAACUUAAAUCUGGGUUGUGAAGAAUGGUGCAAUCCGAGCGUGCUAUAUAUUUUCUGAACUUUAAAUUCCUAAUAAAUCAUCCAAUUUUUGCA